UGUCGGAAAAUACUAUUCAGAUAUUUAAUCACGACAAGGCGAAAAGCGGAAAGAGGUGUAUAUUUCUUCUUCCACUUCCGGUGGGUGCUGAUGUGAGAGAAGUGAAGGAUGCAAGAGAGUGAGGGAGAAGAGCAACGCACAGUCUUCAUCUCCAAUCUGAGCAGCUGUGUGAAGGAGGAGAUCUUAUAUGAGCUCUUCCUGCAGGCAGGUCCGGUGCAGAAAGUCGUUAUUCCCAGAGGCCGAGACGGGAAUCAGAAAUCCUAUGGAUUUGUUCGUUAUAAACACGCCGAGGCAGUGCCCUACGCCAUCGCGCUAUUGGACGGGAUCUGGCUGUACGGCUGUCCAAUCAUGCUGAGGCGUCACUACACACAAACUCUCACAGCACGGGAUGAUCACAGCUGGACAGAUGUGACGUCUGCUCGAGCCCUCGUUCCCUUCUCCCCGAUCAUGUGCACUACUGAGGGUCCCUACUUCCCUCCUCUAACACCAGGGGUGUGGCCAAGUUCCGGAUUUGUUUCAUGGACUUCCUGUCCAGAUGUUUUGACCCAGGCUUCAGACCGUACCAUCUCAGAGGAGAGGGGUGAAGAGCAGGAUGUGGGGAUGGAGAGAGAGGUGAAAGGCAGAAGAAACUGUGAGAGAAGAAACAAACUGAGGAGAGAAUACAGGAGUUAAGUCUCUCUGUAAUCAUUAAGCAGUGUGUGUGUUCGUGUGUGUGUGUGUGUGAGAGUGUGAGAGUGUGUGUGAGUGUGUGUUUUUGUGUGUUUGUUUGUGUGUGUGUGUAUGUGUGUGAGUGAGUGUGUGUUGUGUGUGUGUGUGUGUGUGUGUGUGUGUGUGUGUGUGUGUGUUUGUGAGUGUGUGUGUGUGUGUGUUUGUGAGUGUGUGUCUGUGUGUAAGUGAGAGACUUUAUCAGGUAACAUUUAUGAGUAUAAUUAUAGUUAAGGAGUAUUGUACUGAAGAUAAACACACACACACACACACACACACACACAGACACACACACAAAGUCCUUAGUUACAGUUUCAUUAAUUUAUUGUUUUUUAUUAAUUAAAUUAAUAAUUAUGUCAUUUUGAUGGAUUUGAUUAAUUUUCCUUAGAUUUUCUGACAUUAGAGGAUCGUGUGUGUGUGUGUGUGUGUGUGUGUGUGUGUGUGUGUGUGUGUGUGUGUUUACACUUCUGAAAUUAAACUCACUCUUAAAUCCGCUUCGUUUUCGUUCAAUUAUUGCAUUUCAGUAAAGUCUGAUUCUGAAGUGGGCGUGGCCUCCAUCAUUAACGUGAGACACAUGGAGUUCAGUGGAAACGUUUCUGAUCUUUCAGAGGAGAAAAGUGUGAUGGAGUCACGUUUGUGUGAGGAAUUUUCUCCGAGCCACACAGGACUUUGCAUCCACUGCGUCCUGCAACUGACGACCUUCCUGAUAAAACCCCAAUCAAUCAAACGUUUUUAAACGUUUUUAUUGCGAGAAGAAGAAUCGUGGCUCCUUCAGGAAGGACGUGGAGGAUUGAUCCAGGCUCCUCCUCCUCCUCCUCCUCCUCUGAUACGAGUUUAAUGGAGUAGAGAGACAGGACAGGAGACAUAAUGUCCCGAUGUGAUUAAUAAAUCUUUGUGAGGUCACUGUAGGGCAAAACUCACACAUGAUCCAUAAAUAAACAUGUUGAGUUUCA